CUACAGAGGGGCCUAGCGAAGCCAAGGAAUGCAACCCCGUGAUGGAUUCUCAAGGGGCAGAUGCAGGAACCAAUCUUUAAGUGAUCGACCGAUUUCUGGGUCAAGAUUUGGCUGCCGUUAAAGCGUGCACACUCGAGAUAUCAUAAACCUUUUUUUUUUGGGUGGUAUUCAUUUUCAGUACCCUACAAUUAUUAGUCCGGCAUUCGUUGGGUAAACAUCCAUUAUCAGGCGACUAAAUUUUUUGAAAGAAUUGCCGGGAUGACGGUCGACAUUAAACAUCUUGACGCUCAUGAGCAGCCGUCAGAGGAGCUUAGGGCAAAGUGGAAGGCCGUCUCUAGGACGGAGCCAAAGGACGUACGGAGCGAAGAUGUCGACGACCUGCAAGACCCAAGCAGCGCCGCCGAAUUCCGUGUCGCGGGCAGCAUUUCCUCCGAGGUCUUGAAUCGCUCGUUCCGGCACCUCUGCCCCGGCGAUACCCUCGAAUUCCAAGCCACCAAGGACGUCCCGAUAUACUAUCACCCCCUUCUACCAGGCCUCUUGAUCAUUCCUUCUCUCGUCCCACCAGAGGUACAAAAGAUCCUUCUCAGACGCCUCAUCCACCGCGAUCUCAGCAAUCCCGUCCACCAGACCAAUCUCCACCUCCACUUCCAUCUUCCCUACCCAGAACCCGUCACGGGCGGCGGCGACGCUGACGACGUCGACGGUAACAACAACAACAACGACAACGACAAGGACAACGACAAGGACAUCUCGUUCUUCUCGUACCCCCCAUCUUCCGCAACCUCCUUUAGCCCCAAAGACCCCAGCGUGCACAAGCCGCUGACCAUCCGCCAAGCGCUCGAGCGCAAGCUGCACUGGGUGACGCUGGGCGGGCAGUACGACUGGACCAGGCGUGUGUACCCGGAGAGCAGCGAGGCGGGCGGGCGGUCGCCGCCGGCCUUCCCGGCGGACGUGGCCGGCUUCCUCGAGACGCUGUUCCCCGAGACGCGCGCCGAGGCGGCCAUCGUCAACUUCUACUCCCCCGGCGACACCAUGAUGAUGCACCGGGACGUGUCGGAGGAGACGGACAAGGGCCUGGUCAGCCUGAGCUUCGGGUGCGACGGCCUCUUCAUGAUCGCGCCCAACGAGGAGGGCGAGGCCGUCGUCGUCCCGGGGAGGAACGACGGCAGGGAGGAGGAGGAGGAGAAGAAGAAGAAGAAGGAGUUCCUCCUGCUGAGGCUGAGGUCGGGCGACGCCGUCUACAUGACCAAGGAGUCGCGCUUUGCCUGGCACGGCGUGCCCAAGGUGCUCAAGGGCACCUGUCCGGACUAUCUGGAGGACUGGCCGGCCGAGGGGGGGAGGUACGAAGAGUGGAGGGGGUGGAUGCGGAACAAGAGGAUCAACUUGAAUGUGAGGCAGAUGAGGGAUUGAUUAGCUAGGGUUUGUAGGCCUGACAAGGAGAGCCCGUCAUGGGCAGCAAAGAAGGCUCCAUCCAAGUUCCUUCCUGCUUGGGCCGGAGAUUGGCCAGAGAUAUAUAUUACGGCGCCCUGGCGAGGAUAACCGCCAUGCUCGAUGCGGCUCGGGGGUGCUUUGGGAGAAUGCUCAUCAACUACUAGCCUGGACGGAUCGAGGAUGCUGUCCGAGCAGCCUGUAGAGUUGAUCAGGAUCCUCAUCGAGUUAGGGCAUAUAUGCGGGGACCAACGCUGAGAAGAGCGUUCGGC